GAGAAGCCGUUCGCUGGCAUCUGUUGAUUUCCACAAAACCUGCUGUCUCGAGGUUUCUAUUGUAAUUCAACACCAUGAGGACAAUCAACACGGGGAGGAAGGUGUUUAUUUCCUCUUCCAGCUCUCAGGUCACACUCCAUCGCUGAGGCCAGUCAGAGCAGGAACUCAAGGCAGAAUCAUGCGGGCAGAACUGAAGCAGGAGCCAUGGGGGAACACUGCUUCCUAGCUUGCUCUGCUUGCUUUCUUAUACAACUCAGUGGUAUAGGAGGUCCUUCUUUCUAUGUGUUGCUUAUAUUGGUUAAUGAAUAAAGAAACUGCCUUGGCCUGAUAGGGCAGAACUUAGGUAGGUGGAGAAGACAGAACUGAAUGCUGGGAGGAAGAAGGCAGAGUCUGCAGGAGACAGAGGCUGGGAAUUUUACCCGGUAAACCACUGCCACAUGGCGAUACACAGAUUAAUAGAAAUAGGUUAAAUUAAGAUGUAGGAAUUAGCCAAUAAGAAACUAGAGCUAAUGGGCCAAGCAGUGAUUUAAUUAAUACAGUUUCUGUGUUGUUAUUUUGGGGCUAAGCUAGCUGGGCGGCUGGGACAAACAAGCGGGCCCUCUUCCUUUGCAACAACUCAGGGCCCAGGGAGGGCAACAUCCUCUGUGGGAUGGGCUCUUUCACAUCAAUCGUUAAUCAAGACAAUCCCCACAGACUUGCUUACACACCAGUCUUAUGAAGGCAUUUUCUCAAUGAAAAGUCCUUCCCAGAAAUGUCUAGGCUUGUGUCAAGUUGACAAAAAUCAACCCAGUACAGGAGAUGAAGCCAUUCCUUUGACUUGACUUGGUGACAGUCCAAUCCUUGAAUGGCUUUACUUGGUCUCCAGCCAAGAUGGGCAGCACCACUGAUUAAAUGGUUUGCAAGAGGGGCUUGAGACAUUAUGACUGUAGCAACUUCCACAUUUCUGCGGCAUCUGGGCGUCCUGAGAUAACCAUGGUGGAGAAAAUAAGUAACCUGACUGGGAGGAGCUAAAUAGAGAUCUGGGUGGCAUAUGAAAACUUGUGUGCAUGUUAACCAGUAUCUGUAUUGAAUGUCACCUCAGUAAGAAACAAAGAACUCUAAAACUACUAGUUGGCCAGGUAAAGGAGAGAAAAACGCAGACAAAAAGAAUUGCUACAUAGCCAAAGGGAAAUCCAUAGAAUUCAGGGCUCUACCAUCCCAUUCAUAGUACACUAGUAAUAUCAAGUGUUAGAAAGGGAGGGGAGUCUAAUAAUAGCAAGAGGUAGAAAGGUUAGGAAACAAAGAGCACGUGGAUAGUACACUAUCUCCAGGGACCAAUAAGAUCUCUGGGUUGUGGAGGCAGUGAGAGUGUAGGGACCUGGAAUCAAACAUGGUUGUUGUUAUUAGUUAUGUAGACCCAUGAGAAAAAAGGCUGUUUGGUUCCCAGUCUGAACCUUUAAAACUCAGAUAACAUCUCCCUCAAAGAAUUGCUGUGAAAAAAAAAAAAAAAAAAGAAUCGAAUGGCAGCAUGCUCAUCUUUCUGUAGAUCUUUGGUCAGAAUUGGUCCCCCCUUUUGUUUUACCUCUGGAAACUUAACUAUAAAUUUGUUUGGCAUAGUGUUAGUGUUAUCAAUUGGUGGUAUCCCUGUGACAUCACAGGUCUUGUGCUAGUUCGCUGUCAUGACAUAUCUGUGCUCUGGGCAUUCAGAGAGCUGGGCAACCAUCUCUAUAUGUCUUUGGGGGUGGGGAGAGAGAGGAGAGAGAGAGAGAGAGAGAGAGAGAGAGAGAGAGAGCACUAGGAGCUGGGUAUAGAUGUAAGGCUUCAUUCUUCACCACUGAGUUUUUUUCCUUUCAGAAAUAUGAACCACUAUAGCUACUGAAGUGAAUAUCUUCGGCGGUAUCUUUUUAGGGAUAUCCUCUUGCACCGUUUCCAACUGCAUAGAUCUCAAUGUAAAGUAUUAUUAAUAAAUCACAAGAUAAUGUCUUUAAAAUUCUGUCUUCUUGAGACAGGGUCUCAUGUAGUCCAGGAUGGCCUCAAACUCAUUAGCUAUUCCAGGCUAAUUAUGAAUUUCUGAUUCUCUUAACCGUGCUAGGAAUAAAACAUCGAUUAAAGACAGAUUUAUGUAGUUCUCGUGACCACUAGACUGGGCAAACACUACUAACCGAACCACAUGGCCCAACCCUAAUUUUUAAGAAUAUUAUGUAUUUACUUGUUUAUCCUUUUGAGACAUUGGCCUUGAGCGAAAUUUUGGAUCUGCUAAAAACAGCCAUAUUCUCCUCCUGUCCACUACUGUUGUUUUAAAAAUCACAUAAAAUGGGAAAAAACUGUCAUUUCAUUGCUGCUUGAGAAAUCAUACUCUGCCUGCCCCUACCACCGGACGGAUCUCCUCUGGGAGAUGCUCCAACUCAAUGCCUUCCUUAAAUUACUCGGAAAGGCUGAACUGUGCAGCGAAGAGGGAAGUCACAGUGUUGUUUCUAGACAUGAGAUUCCUAACUCACCUCUUUAGAAAUGACCUAUUUCUAGUUAGUACAUUGAUUUCUUAUGAGGCAAAAGAAAGAGACAAGACGUUUAAUGAGGGAAUCCCCUAGGGAACAGGCAACUGUGCUAAAUAGACAUUGUCACAGGAAUCUCAGUGUCUGGGGUCUCACAGCCACUAAAAAACGAUUACACAACAGAGCUAUGAUCUCAUUCCACUUUUGGGAUGGAAACUGUUAAACAUUUGAACACAAUAACUGGGGUCAACAAGCGUCCAGGGUAAGACCGCAGAAGUUCCUAGCGUCUGCAGACAGGUUUCUAGGCCCUUAGGCAGUCACUGGCCAGGCCACCGCAAGGAGGUUGAGAAGAACUCCCGGUCCCAGCAGCGCACUAGCGCGCAUGCGCCUAAACCUGCUAGUGUUCCAGGGGAGAAGGUUGAGCGUUUGAGUGUCCAUGGCAACCCGACGCUUCAGCCUUCUGGAAGUUUACAAUCUAUAGCUUGGAAGGAUGCCUCUGGAGGUGGUGGUGGAACUCCAAAUCCGGGCGAUUUCUUGCCCGGGAGUGUUCCUGCCGUACAAGGAAGGUGUGUACCUUGGAGUCUACCUCCUGAAUCAGUACCUGGAGACAAACUGCUUUCCUUCUGCGUUCCCUAUUGCGAUUCAACAGAACAUGAUAUUUGAAAAGGUAUUUGAAAAUGCAAUAGAUCCCGGAGCUGUCGCAGAAAUUUUAGAAAUUGUUCUUUGGUGCCCUAGGGACAAUGGUUCCAGGACCUCCCACACAUACCAAAGUACAUUAGUGCCCAAGGACCGCUUCCUAACCAGGUUUGAAUUGAUACAGCUGGUGUCUCCAGCAUGGGAAGAGCUGGCCUACUAUGAAGAAAACACACGAGAUUUUCUGUUCCCUGAGCCCAAGCUGACAUCUUCACACCUUGGCAUGUAUAGGGAGGUGCUUAUGAAGACACCAAUAGGUUUUCCAGGCAUUGCUCCCAAACUAGAGUUUUCUACAAGGACAGCCAUCCGAGAAUGUGUGUUCCCACACAGAAACAGAUUUUUUGAGGAGAACUGUAAACCCCAAAAGCCUUUAUCAAAAUCACACGGGCAAAGAACUCCCACAAAUAACAGAAGAAUGAAGCAGAAGGAGAAAAGUCCUGACCGACUUCCCAAAGGCACACAGGCCCGGGUCCCCUCCCCGUCUUCCCCUAGAUGUCUCUUCCAGCACCAGCCGACUCAGCAGAACCUUGGAAAAAGCUUCAGGCUCCCUGAAACAAGAAAGCCUCCAUUUGUGGUUAGACAUGUGGACAGUGAAAACCCCUUUGGUGAAAGCAGUUUGGAACAUCACUUACCGAAGUCCAGAAGAAAAAAAUCGAAGUUUUUAGACUUCGCUCUUCCAAUGAGAAGAGCAUCUUCUCUUGAAAGCCUUGAAGCAAACGUAAAGGUCACCAGAGAGCCUGACGAGCGCAUUGUCUUAAGGAGUCAGACAUCACCACCUUUAGAUCCGAGGAAGUCUGGACAACCCUCGCCCAGUCACCAAGGGGAUGUCGAGCUCCUGCUGGACACUUCACUCCCUAUCUCCCAGCAUUCCAGAUCUCCCAGCCCUCUGGAUGAGCCUCUCUUCAGAGAAAGGUUCCAUCCUCGCUCCCAGUCCACGUGGAGGAAGAUCCAUGAGAGGGUGUGCAGCCUCCUGACAUCCCACAGAGCUCACUCAAAGGAAGAUUUUAUCCCUGAAACAAAUUAUAUCUGUGAAAGACCAAGCUACCCCCUGAAGAAACUCCCACUGCAUGAACAGAGAUAUUUUUAACUACUAUCUCCUGGGAACAUGAAUGAAAACCAAAGGAUGAAGGGCCCAGUCAUCGAGACACGGACUCGUCCUCGGAGAAAUGAACAUUUUUUUGUUGGCUGGGUUGAGUUACUGGUGCCUGGCCCCUAUUAAAUCAAAGUUUAUAUUCAGUCUUUUGUGCCCAAGGUAAGAUUUGUUGAUUAAAUUC